ACGCGCCUCGUGUAGCCGUGUGGUUUCCCGCCGCGACCGCGCCAACCCUUUGAUCCCCUGCUGCUGGCUCCAGAUCGCAGCCUCGGAACCGAAACACCGGGACCGGCUCGCUAUUCUUAGGCAUCUCGUAAUAUUCCCCCGGCAUCUUCCCGCCCCGCGCGCGGUAUAUAAGGCCACCCGUGGCACGGCUCCUAGCCAUCGAUCGAUCACGAGUUCCCAGACUCACAGAGCGUAGCCUAGCCUCGAAGCCAUCCAAUUAAACCCUUCCUCGUCGAGAGAGAUGGCCGGGAUCGUGGUGGUGUUCGACUUCGACAAGACGAUCAUCGACGUCGACAGCGACAACUGGGUCGUCGACAACCUUGGCGCCACCGAGCUGUUCGACCGCCUCCUCCCCACCAUGCCCUGGAACACCCUCAUGGACACGAUGAUGGGGGAGCUGCACGCGCAGGGCAAGACCCUGGCUGAUAUCGCCGAGGUGCUCAAGGCGGCGCCGCUGGACCCGCACGUCCCCGCGGCCAUUAAGGCCGCCUACGCGCUCGGGUGCGACCUACGGGUCCUGAGCGAUGCCAACCUGUUCUUCAUCGAGGCUAUCCUGGAGCACCACGGCCUCCGGGGCUGCUUCACCGAGGUGAACACCAACCCGAGCCACAUCGACGCCGACGGCCGCCUCCGCAUCGCGCCCUACCACGACUUCCGCUCCGCCCCGCACGGGUGCGGCGUCGGCACCUGCCCGCCCAACAUGUGCAAGGGCCAGGUGCUCGACCGCAUCCUCCGCGAGGCGUCGGCCGGGAGGAAGCGGGUCAUCUACCUGGGCGACGGGCGCGGCGACUACUGCCCGUCGCUGCGGCUCGGGAGGGAGGACUUCAUGAUGCCGCGCAGGGGUUACCCCGUGUGGGACCUCAUCCGCGAGAACCCCGCGCUGCUGCAGGCGGAGGUGCACCCGUGGGGCGACGGCGCGGAGAUGGAGGAGACGCUGCUGCGGCUCGUCAGGAGGGCGCUUGUGGAGGACCAGAGCGCGCUGCUGCCGCUCGACUGCAAGCUCGAGUCCUUGCCCGUCGCCGUGCAGGACGGCAUGCCCAUGGCGCUCGGCGUCAAGAACUAAUCCGAAUCUGUCGAUCGUGCUCGUGGCGAGUUAUUGGUAGGUUGGUAUAUUUGACAAGAUUAAGGACCGAUGAGAUUGCAGGAUUGUGUUCUUGGCGAGCUCGAACAAAUGUAACGCACGACCGCACGAGUAGUAGCGUUUGACUAUGUUGACUAAUUUGUUUGUGGUGUGAUGUGGUGUAUCCCUGAGCCUGUCACUUAAGAUUUGGCGACGGCUUCUUUGUAUCUUACGUACUGACAAAUGAUCAAAUUUCAACGGAUGAAAUUCAAGAAAA